AUGGGCCGGCGGCGCGACGCCGACGGGUCGGUGCAGACCUGGCCAGGCGCUGGAGGGGGAGGCACCGGAGGCCGCUCCCGCCGCUGCUGCUUCGCCACGCCGACGGCCGCGCUCGAGGCUGCGGUCGAGUUCUCGCUGCGCGACGGGCGGCUGUCUGCGACUGACCACGCCGGCCAGACCCACGCACGAGUGUAG